GCACAACAACAUCGCACUUAACAGAAUGCACUUAACAGCACAUUUUUAAUUUUCCAUCUUCACGUGUGUACACACUGGUUAACAGCUGUUUUUUGUCAAUCUUCGCCACAAAAAUUACGUAAAUUUCGGCAGCCAACCAUGUCGUUGCUUCGUUCCAAGUACUACGACCAUCCUGAUGGCGAGGAUGCCUUUGGCAAGAUUGUGGCCACCAACAAGUACGCCGUUUCCGCCGGUUUGGCCUGGUCCAUGUUCGACGUGUUGACGCUCUCCAAACCACAGGGCUAUUUGCCCACGCUGGGCCGCUUCGCCUACAACACCGGUCCGCUGAUGGGCAUGGCCACGGCAUUUACUCUGACCACCCUGGCGGCCACAAAUGCCCGCGGCAAGGACGACAAAAUCAACUACUUGAUCGGUGGCUUUGCGGCUGGCGGCGUUUUUGGAGCCUGGAAACACAACCACGUAGCUGGUCUCUGCGCCGGUCUCUUCCUGGGCAUCGCCGGCGUCAUCAAAAAGAUGUCCAUUGAACAGGGCUGGGAAUUCUUCCCCGACACUCCUUUGAGGCAAUACGGGGGUCUGAACAUCGCCGAAAACGACUGGACCAUCAUGGCUGACCGUCCCAAGACCUGGACCACGGAGAAGCCAGAGGAACAGAAGUCUUAAAGUCUAGUUUCCUAUUUCUAGUUUAAUGGUGAUUCGAUGAGAGAAGGAUUCGGCCGUAUCCGUUUGCCUUGCAACCGAAUAAAAGCUAAGUGAGAAGUGAUAAUGCCACCCCAA